GGUUAGUUUUUCGGGCGUUGAAACAAAGAUGCCUGUCGGAAAGAGAAAGAGACUCGACAUCUGUCGAGAGUGCAAGCACGCGAACCGACCGGCCAUCAUGGCUGCGCGACUCGGCCACGCGGGUUGCCUCGCGACCGCCUACCGCGAGCUCGGAGUCUUCAACGAGCGAGACGACUUCGGUGCCACGCCCAUCCACUUUGCCGCGAGGAACGGGCACCUGGAGUGCCUCAAAUGGCUCGUGACGCGCAGUGGAGUCUCCCCGAACGCCGUAGCAAGGAACGGGGCAACGGCCGCGCACGACGCGGCGGCCAUGGGCCACUUGGCUUGCCUGCACUACCUCCUGGAAAACACUGCGUGCUCGUCAAAAGACGCGACCGUGGAGGGAGCGACGGCGCUGCACAUGGCGUGUCGAUUCGGUCGACUCAAAGUGGUAAAGUGGUUGAUGGACUACACGGGAGCUAGUCCCGGCGAAAAGGGAGCCAACGACGUCACUCCGGUCCACCUCUGCGCCGCGAAAAAUCAUUUGGAGUGUCUGCAGUGGUUGACAAGACACCAUCUGUACAUGGCAAACGAGAAGACCGUUCACGGAGCUACGGCUGUCUACUUCGCCGCUCAGGAAGGAUGUGUUGAAUGUCUGCACUGGCUGAUGAACCAUGCGUCAGGCGACCCUCACAUGAUGGCAGAAGAUGGGAUGUCUCCAAUCCACGCUGCAGCUCAGGCUGGCCACAUUCCAUGUCUCACCUUCCUCAAAUCCAUUGGUGUGUCGGUACGGCAACCAGCAGAGGACGGGGCAACCCCUGCUCAUUUUGCAGCUGCCAGUGGUCAGGUUGAGACGCUGGAAUGGAUCCUGGACAACGGAGGAUCUGCACUGGAUAAAGACAACCUUGGAGGGACCCCGGUCCAUGACGCCGCGGAACAGGGACAGGUGAACACGCUGACAGCCCUCAUCCAGCGAGGUGUCCCCACUCAUCAAGAAGAUUACGAGGGGUUAAAGCCACUGGAUCUCGCCAAAGACAACCAACACAACGAAUGUGUCCAACUCCUCUUCAAAACCAUCUCCCCAUCCCUCUUGACCUCCAUGACACCUAGACACAGCAUGACUAGAGCUUCAGCUGCUGAUAAUCAACAGCAACGUAGGGCAGCAGAGCUGGAGAAACAGAGGGAGUUUGAAUCAGCGCUAAUGACAGGGGUCAGCGAGCAGAGGAGGGAGGCCAUGUGGUCCAAUGCUCAGCAACAAGCCGUAGCAGGGCCUCAGCCAGGACUGAAGAUGCUGCUGGAUGGGGACGUGGGUGCCUCUCCCUCCACGUUCUCCCUCGACCGAGACCCCCUGUGCCGCCCCGCCCCGGCCCCGCCCUCCUCCACCCGAUCCCGCCACUCCACCAACAGACGUGCCCCUUCGUCCGCCAAGACUAUUGAUGACAUGGACAUGACGUCCUACAAGCCACGCCCAGUGCUAAGCCCCUCCCUGUUUGAGGGACCUCCGGCACUGUCCCGGGACAACUCAGAUGUCCCAUCUGCCGAUCAUCAAUCUAACACCAAGAAAGCCAAAACAGAAGUUGAAGUUGACAAGCCUCAAGAGGUUAGCGGAAUGGAACCGAAACCAGUCAGAACGGAACAGAGACUCUCGGUCGCCAAGGAAACGACUCACAAAGCGUCGCCUAUUCCUAAAAGGGCAAAGUUUCUCCGCAAGUUCAGCAAGAAGGGAGGGAAAAAGAAACAGCAACUACCACCGGUCCCCGCCAAGAAGAAGGAAGUAGAGAGUGUGGUUGAAGAAAAGAUGGAGAGAGAGGUGGAAGAGAAGAUGGAGGAGGGAGGGAGAGAGGAUGUGACAGCUGCUGGUAGAGAGCUCUCUCUGGACACUCAACAACACGUCAAAGAAAUGAAGUUGGCAGCAAUGGAGGCCGGUACCUACACUGGAGGAUGGGAGGGACGACUGAGUGGUAGUGAGUCUGGACCUUACGACAUGAUCUCAGAAGAUCUGGUCCAGGGAGCCCUCAAGGACAGCUUGGCAGCUGCCAGAGGAGAGAUUCAAUUACCACCAAUUAAACCUUCCACUCCCUCCCCUCCUCCCUCGCCCACCCUCCCUACAAUUCCAGUGCUACAGCCUCCUCAACUUCCGGUUGAGAAACAUGGGCCUGUCAAAGAGAAGGCUGUAAUAACCAAGGAGAAGGCAAGAAAGAGCCUCAAAACACCAGACGAGACUGUCACCGUCAAUUUCAUCCCUCAGUCAAACAUAAAGAAGUCGUUUCCCGUGACUCACGUGAGACUGCUCAAGGAGGAAGACCUUUCAUCACCCGGGGAGAGUGAAGAUGAGGCCACCACCAGAGUCGAUUCUUCUGGAUUUGAAAAACUGGAUCUCCAGACUUUCGAAGAGUUUGGAGAUAACACUAGUGAGAACUACAACGAGAAAAAAGGAGAGGGAGAAGAAAAAGAAGUGGUUGGAGAGGAAGAAAGAGAAAAGAGAGAGGAAGAAGGGAAAGAGGCAGGAAAAGAUGAAGAAGAAGAAGAAAGGGAAGCAGGAGAAGGAGAAGAAGGACAAGGUGAACAAGGAAACAACUCCACGGAAAUAGAGAUUGAGAAGAAAGGCACAGAGGAAGCAAAUGACGGAGAGGAUGAAACAGAGAAAGAAGGAGGCACGGAGGGAGAAGAGACAAAAGGCAGAGAGGAACUCUCGCAUUUCAAGGAGGUAGACACGAAAACCUCUGAGGACAUGAUAUCAACAAAGAACCCAGUUCAAAGAGCAGCAUCGUUGGACACUAUGAAGCCUUUAGAGUUACCGCCACUCAAGAAAUGGGGGGACAUUCAGAAUCUGAAACAGGCUGAUGAGCUCGUGGAAGGAGACGCGGAGUUAAAGAUUGUUCUGGAAGAAGAAGAAGAAGAAGAAGAAGAAAGGGGGUCUGAGGAGGGAGGAAGAAAAUUGAGCGUUGUCCCCGAAGAAAAUGAAGAUGAAGAUGAAACUUACACAAAACUCUCUGAACACUUGACACUCACUGUGGAGUCUGGAGCGAGUCCUAACAGCAGCAAACAGCCAGAUAGCAGAGAGGGAGAUGGGUCAGAGACGGAGGUACUGAAUAGAGUCACUCGAAUGGAGCGAGAGAGAGGCUCAGCUAGUGGUAAGGGUGGUGUGAUGGUAGGAGAAGGUGUGAGGAGAAAGGGAUUGGAUAGGGUGAAGAUUGGAAGUGUCAGCGAAAAGUUGAAGAUGUUUGGUGGUGGGAGGAAAGUCACUCGAACUGUGUCAGACAGUUCGACAAAGAUCACAACGUCUAGUGACACAGUUAGAGCUGCAACAAAUGGUGGUGGAGAUGAAACAGUUGAAGAUGGAAUAGCUCCUCUGCCAAUAAUUGAGAAGAGGGCGUUGCGGAGUAAUUCGGAGGAAAAGCUCCGUAUGGACGGUCUGCCUUCUCUCUCGCCACCUCAGCAGCGAGCAAACAAAACACGCUCAAUUUCCUCUCCCCCCGCAUCCCCGCCGCUCGGCCGUCUUCAGGAAGGUGACGAGACUGAGACGACCGACGGAGUGGCCAGAGUAAGCCCCACCCCAAGCCCCGCCCAACUCCGACGAAAAAGCUCGACUGGGGUGUUCAGCCCACUCAUGAUAUCGACAGACGCCUCAAGCAACCGGUCGAAGAGCGAAAACUUGGAAAAAAUAGUUGAGACGGAACCGCACCUUUCCCAGCUAGUGACGCCCACAUCUAAAACACUCGAGGCUUCAAUCAGAGAUGAGAAGAGAUGGAGUGUGCGUGACGAUCGGGCACGAAGACAGCUGUUUGCACUCUCGGCUGAGGGGAAAGUCGGUUCUCGUGAGUCGGCCUACAUGGGCUGGGCGUCCCCGCCGCAGCUGACCCAGAUGAAGCAACGCUGGGAGAAGGAGGCCGGGGAGAGUGUGAAGAAGAGAGUUGCCAGUUUGCUGCGUACUCCUCGACUCACCGGACCACAAGUUCCCCUCGAGUUCCGGGGACUUCAGCCUCACGAGCCUGGAAGACUCACCGUGUGGAGACAAAAGACUGGUAGCCUACGGAAAAUUAUGUCCCCAGAGACCAUCAACUUUGAGGAAACUGACAUCUUCAUUUUUCUGAAGGAGCCUCUGCAUGGGCCUAUACUCCAUCAAGUGUACCUGUGGCUGGGGAGGCAAGCCAGCGAGCUCUCCGUUAGCUCCGUCCACCAGCACUGUCAGCAACUCAUGCACUGUCUACCAGGGGGAUGCCCCUUACACAAAGAGGUCCAAGGGCACGAGUCUGGAGGAUUUAUGUCGGCAAUUGGGGCGGGUGUGGCUUCAAAGCUCGCAGGCUCCACCCCUUAUGUCAAUGCAUCUUUGGAGACUGCCACUCUAUACAACUUGAACGAGACGUUUAUGACAUUCCAACCCAUGCUGACACGCCCACCUUCGCACUCUGACCUCACGACCUCUCCCACUCCCUCCGUCCUCGACACUCACAACAGAGUGUGGGUGUGGCUUCCAGCUGGUUACUGGGGCAACCAAACAACAAGGUGCUCGAACUACCAAAAGUCAGUAUUGGAUAUCGGUCAGGUUUUUCUGGUACAAAAGGGUUACCCCAAGUGGGCCCCCAUCACCGUGCUGACUCAGCACUGCGAGACACUUCAGUUUGUCAGCCUCUUCACCGCCUGGCCAAACUUGAACUUUGACCUGGCUCCGCCCACUUUCCAGCCGAUCUUGAAGAAUCUCAACCUACUUGAAUUGAUCACACCCACAGUACUGACCAAUCCCAGCGACAUGAAAAUUUAUAGAGUGGAGGGGAAUGAGCGACGCCCACUACCGCCCGUCCCUUCUUCCCAUCUGUCAGCGGGCGGAGUCUACAUGUUCCAGUGGACCACGUGCCACGCCUCUCCGCUGUACACAUGGGUGGAGACCUCGCUGUGUGUGUGGGUCGGCAGUCGAGUGGCUGACUACUGGACUGCAGUCGAGAGCUGCACCAAACACGUCGAAAAAGAAAUGCCACUGAUGCUGGUUCCAUCGGGACAGGAGCCACUCCAGCUCCUCUCCUUCUUCAAGGGGACAAUGGUGGUGCAUUCCUCUCCUUAUUCCUCUCCGCACCCCUCCCCUCUCCUCUCCUCCCCUCACCGUGGCACAUCGUCACCAGGUCACCAGACCACUCGACUUUACCAAGUCAGUGGAUCUUCUCUGGAACACAUCAAAGCCAUGGAGGUCCCGCCCAGCAGCUCGUCUCUAUGCUCGACCCACUGCUACAUCCUGUCAUCUCCUCCUCUUCUGUUCUCCUGGAGUGGGCACCUCUCAUCCGAGGAGACUCGGACUGGGGCACUCUACAUGGCUCAGAUCCUGAGCAGUUCGCAGAAGCCUCUGCUGGUGGCUGAGGGGCAGGAAGAGGAAGACUUCUGGAAAAGUCUCGGAGGAAAGAAAUCCUACCAGCACUUUGACCAUCAGAAAUUUCCAAACUGGUCGGUUCCAGAGCUCUACUGCUGUAUCUCCUCACAGAGCAGCCUCACAUUCACCCAACUCCCCCCUGCCAAGAAAAAGGACCUCAAAUCUAACGGAUGCUACAUUCUCUGGUUAAGAAAUCAGUUGUUUGUGUGGAUCGGUGGUCACUGGAAGAACGGAUCCUUCACUGCUGUAUUGAAAGCCUAUCUGUCCCAGUGCCACAGUGGAAGAACUGCCAGGGAUUUUGUGGUGACAGUGGCUCAUGAAGGCCGGGAAGGAGAAGGCUUCUGGCAAUGGUUUGAGCUACAGAGGUGUCUAGAGCCAAAGGCCAUUGACUCGUCUCAAGAUAUACCAGUAGUGAGAGCUUCAAAAGAAGACGAGACAUCAAAAGAAGCCAUACCCAUUGUGACCACACCCACUAAAGAUGAAGCUGCACCUACAGGUUCCGGAGAUCUAAGCGAGAGUGGUGAGAAGGUGAAGGGAGAGGGCGAGGGAGAAGGAGAAGAAGAAAACGGAGGAGAGAGAGGAGAAAAGGGAGAGGAUUCCUCAGAUGAACCAGUGAAAGAUCCCUCUCCUCCUCCCACUAUAUUCACUGAAGAAGCCACACCUACCACUGAACAAGAGACAAGUGUGGUUGAGACGCCUACUGACCUAACUACUGCAGUGUUGGCUGAAGCAGCAGUCGAGAAAACUGAUGAUGGUGAUAAUGCAGAAGGAGGCGGGGCUGCUGAACCUGGUCACGUGACUCCACCGACCAAUCAGAUAGCAGAAGAUGAAAGCAUGGAGAAUUUGUCACUGUCCAGUCUUCUCACACAGCCUGAAGAUUUGGAAGAAAUGGUCGCAUCAAAACAAAAGAAGAGAACAAAGAAAGCCAGCAUCAAAGCUACGAAAACGGUUACAGUUAAUGUCGAGGUGGAGGGAGGUAGGGUCAUCACGGUGACAGUAAGAGAGGGAGCCCCUGUAAUUAGCGUCAUGUUCCAAGUGGCGAAAACAGCUGGUCUGACUCUCACUCCCACCUCCUCUCUCUUCGAAAUUGUGCCACAACUGAGACUACAGCGCCUUCUUGAGGAGCAUGAGGUAAUGAAGACAGUCUCCUCUCAGUGGCCAACUGGCAAGCAUCGACCCAGACUCCUCCUCACUUCAUUUCACUCCAAGAACAUGCUGUGGGAGACAAACCCACCAAUCCCUCAGUCAUCCAUAACAGCCUACCUCGGGAGUGAGACUUUCCCUGAGCUCACCAACGAGCUCUUUUACAGCCCGCGGGCCACUAGACUCCAGUGGAAAACAACCUUGUUCAAACUCACCACGGGCGGAAUCUACAUCACUUCCGUAAUCUUCAACCAUUUUCAUAAGAUUAGAUUUUCCUUCCCUAACCUUAUAUAGGUGUCUGGGGUUUCUCAGCUGUAUGCUAGUUUGGAGCACCAUCUCUAUACUCCAACACCCACUGCAACCAUAUCCACUCCUACAAGAUUCUGCUUUGCGCUGAGGCCGGUGUCCUCGUGGAAACUGAAGGACGUGAAGUUGUUUUGUUGCACUGAUCUACAGACUAUGGCCACAUGGGUCCAUGGAAUGAGGCUCCUACAGCAUGGGAAGCAAUUGAGGGUAAAUUUGCAAGCUAUGAGGCUGAGACUCCAGAAAAGAGCAACCUCCAAUACAUAACUCUUAUAUCGAUUGUUUACCACUGACAACAACGCAUGCGCACACAAUUCACGACGCGCAUCGGCCGCCUAU